GAAAUCUUCAUAAUGAAAAAUAAUAAUUUGAAUUCCAUAAAAACCGUUAUGUAUAAACCAAUGACGUUCGAAAAGCACUGAAAAUUAAUAUUUGAAGUUAACCAAUAUCUUGCUUUAAUGAAUGAGUGCUCGUUUUCGGUGCUAACAACAAAAACUAAUGUCAUCAUCAUAUUGUGUUUGAUAAUUAAAGAUGAUCUAUAUAAAUAUUUUAAAGAAAAUAGUUAAUCAGCAUAGAAAAUAAAAGAUAUCAUAAUCGAUUUUUAAUCAGUUAAGAAUUCCGUAACCUAAUGCAUCUAUCGUUGUGUUGAAUAUUAAAACAUAACAAAGAUAUAUUCAUUAUAUCGACUAGAUUUCUAAAAGUCUCAUAUAUAUAUAUAUAUAUAUACUAGUAUGUGAUCACAGCCUGAUGAUUCAUCGAAUCAAUAGCAGCAUAUGCACUUUGCAGUGGGACACUUCCGAAGAUUCUCACUGUGGUCAUUUGAAGUAAUCAAGAGUGAAAAAAAUUGAGUACUAUUUAUUUCUAGCGCCCAAGUCGGGUUUUCGAGAUCGUCGCUGGUAACUGGCGACAAACGCACGUUAAUGGCCGAUUAGAGCCAAUAGGAAGUCUUUUUAUUGGGAAUCUUUUGAUUGGUUGUGAUAAGCUACACACACUUUGACGUACUUGACGUACACACGCUGUUCGUUGCAAUAAAAAUAAUUUAAGCCUCUAUUAUAUGAGAAAGAUGGCGUUUGAAACAAGAACAUGCACACACUGUUUCCAAUGGAAAUCUAAAGUAAAAUGUGCUGUACACUGUAUUAUAUGAGCAAAGUGUACGUGUACAUCUUGUUCUCGUCGGCAAAAUGUACCAAACAGUGUUUCCAAUAGCAAGUGUACAUAGCAGAAGCAAAAUGUACAGAAAAUUUGCUACUUUUGAUGUACACUCUGCUGUACACUUUGGUAAAACAUUUUACACUUUGAUUUCUGAACCUUAAAGGCUGCACGUAAUAUUAAAUUACGCAUUAUUUUUAAAUGAUGGGGAAGUGUGAUCUCCGCGUUUCAAUUCUUUGAUGGGCUGAAUAGAGAAAAGAAGCGAGCAAUUUAUUUAGCUUUUUAGAUUGUGAAAAGUUAGGUUUUCGUACACUUUGGUACCGGUGUUUCCAAUGGAAAUCUAAAACAAAAUGUACAGUACACUCUGCUUUUUGUGAACAAAGUGCACAAAUAUUUGAUUUGAUUUAUUGAAACAGUUUAAACAUAAUUUUUUUUUGAUUAAAUUUCUUUGUUUAGUCUUAAUGUUAAACCAGAAGUAAAUCAUUCGGAAAUCGAUUUAAUUUGGUCAGAUUGUCAUUUAAAAGAAAAUCAACAUUUAUAUUUUUAUCAAUUUCUACGUGAAUUUGGAUAUUCAAAACGUUCAGUUCAUUAUCUGAAUGCAAAACAAAAUCCUCCUCGACGAGUUCUUGUUCAUGGAGCUGCACUUAAUGCAAUUAGAUCAUAUUGGGAUAAAUUAAGAAGAGAAUUUACUGAAUUAGAUCCAUAUAGAACAGGUUAUCUCCAAUCCGAUGAAUUGGAUGAUAUUUUAACUCAACAUUGCCCAUCUGUUAAUCAAGAAGAUCUUGAUAUGCUUCAGGCCUGGAACCGAAUGAAUUAUGUUCGAUUUUUAAAACAUCAUGCACCAAUUCCAGAAUUAAUUGGUCUUGUUGAUGAAUCAAGUAGAAAUCCUUUACCAACUAUGAAUGAACUAUCACCACGUACUACAGCAGAUCGAACAGUUUCAAAUCAAGUUGCAAAUAAACUUCGAAGAAAGCAACAAGAUUCAAUAAAUAAUGGUUCAGUACUUGUUAAAGUAUUUAAAGAUAUUCUUAAUCAAUAUAAAUGUACUUUGAAUGAUGAAGAAUUUUAUUCAUUAACAUCACAAAUUGAUACAAAAAUGGAAGAAACGAUCGAUUAUAAUUAUUUUCUUCAACAAUAUGCCAAAAGCACUUAG